UCUGCCUGCGCUACUAUUUGUAGUUGACAGUCACAGUUGACAGUCAACAUUCAACAUGGCGAUGAUGAUGAAUGGAAGGAGUUCCGCAUCAAAAAUGGAGCUAGCAAGCCCAUAUAUUCCAUCUUAUGACCCAACUACUCCAUGGCAAGCGGAACAUAGAACCGGGACCACCAUUAUGGCUGUUGAGUUUGAUGGAGGAGUUAUCAUUGGUGCUGACUCCCGAUCCACAACAGGUGUAUAUAUUGCAAACCGUGUGACUGAUAAGCUCACCAAAAUCACUGACAAUAUUUAUUGCUGCCGUUCUGGCUCAUCAGCUGACACACAAGCAGUUGCAGAUGUUGUUCGCUAUCAUGUUGGCAUGCAUAGGAUGGAGCUUGGAGAAGAACCUCGGGUUGAAGUAGCAGCAUCUCUCUUUCAAGACAUGUGCUACAAUUACAGAGAUUCUAUCACUGCUGGUAUUAUUUUAGCAGGCUGGGAUCCUUACAAGGGUGGACAGGUCUACACUAUUCCUCUUGGUGGCAUGCAAGUCCGCCAGAAGGUGGCAACAGGCGGUUCUGGAAGUACUUAUGUCUAUGGCUAUGUUGACCAACAUUUCAAACCAAAUAUGACUCAGGACGAGUGCAUGAAGUUUGUUUUGAAUGCUAUUACAUUGGCUAUGCUUCGUGAUGGUUCCAGUGGAGGUUGUGUUAGGCUUGGUGUCAUUACUAAGGAUGGCUGUGUAAAGCAUUGUGUUUUGGGAAAUGAACUUCCGAAGUUCUACAUGGGCUGAAAGUUUAAGUAUCAACAGAAGAAUCUACAUUUCAAGAAUCUUUCUGAGGUGGCAAAAUUCAUUUAUUGUUGUAAACGGAGGGGGUUUACUUUUUUUUUUAAAUUAAUAAAUUGUGUAUCAGUGACGUCUUGUGCACAAUAUCUUUUGCAUUAAAUGCCAUUUAUUACA